AUGACCAAAAACAUAAGCCAAAUCCUGUUGAGAAUUGGAGAUAUUAAGUCAGGAAACCGAACAAGAGUCAUAUGGGAGAAACAAUUGGGCCUUAUUCACCCAGAAGCCUUGCAACUAGGCUUUGGGCAAAGACAAAGACCUUAUCCGCUGUUCUCUCUGGCCUCUCAAGAUUUGGGCCUGGGGUUUCAUCCCCUCCCCGAGUUUGGUUUUUGGUUGUUGGGUUGGUUUUCAUGGUGUCGAGCAAGUUUCUAUCCUGAGGCAAGAGGAAGAGAGGAAUUGUCAGAUCAGUGAGUCAUGGCACAGGCAGAGGGCCAGAUGGGGAACGCGGUGACCGUCCCGGAGACCCUGCUCUUUGUGUCCACCCUGGACGGGAGCCUGCACGCGGUCAGCAAGAGGACAGGUGGCAUCAAAUGGACCCUGAAAGAUGAUCCUAUCAUCCAGGGGCCACUGUACGUCUCAGAACCGGCCUUUCUUCCGGAUCCCAAUGAUGGCAGCCUGUACAUAAUGGGGGGAAAGAACAAGGAAGGUCUGAUGAAACUCCCUUUCACCAUCCCGGAGCUGGUCCAGUCAUCCCCGUGCCGCAGCUCAGAUGGCAUCCUCUACACAGGGAAAAAGCAGGAUACUUGGUUUCUGGUGGACCCCACAUCAGGAGAGAAGCAGACGACCCUGUCGACAGAGGCAUGGGAUGGGCCGUGCCCCUCAGCCCCCCUCUACAUCGGCCGAACACAAUACACGGUCACCAUGUUUGACACCAAGUCACGUGAGCUACGCUGGAACGUCACUUACCACGAUUACUCUGCGCCGCUCAUGGAUGAUUCCUAUGGCUACGAGUUGGCUCACUUGGCCUCCAGCGGGGACGGGCUGGUGGUGACGGUGGACAAAGGGAGCGGGGCGGUGCUUUGGAUGCACAACUACGGCUCCCCGGUGGCGGGCAUCUACGCUUGGCACCAGGACAGCCUGCGCCGGCUGCCCCAUCUGAACGUGGCCAUGGAGACCCUGCGCUACCUCACGUUCUACUCCCACCACAUCCGCCUGGCCCACUGGAGAAGCCCACCUGAACCUGCCAAUAGGGACUUCUCCGCCACUAAGACCCAGCUCCAGUCGACCCUCUAUGUGGGGAAGCACGCGGCCACCUUCUAUGCCUCCACUGCUCUGGUCCAUGCUGGCGUGGCCCUGGUGCCGCGGGGGGUGACCCUGGCCCGGAUCGAGGGGCCCACCACAGAGGAGGUGACCCUGCGGGAGUCGGGGGAGUGUGAGAUCACCCCCAGCACGGAUGUCAAAUAUCCCCAUGGCAGCGUCACCUCCCUCAGCAACCAGUGGCUGCUCAUCGGCCACCAUGAGUUGCCCCCGGUGGUUCUCACCACCAUGCUGAGAGCCUUCCCAGCGGCAGGCAGGACGGCGGCGGCGGCGGCAGAGCACUUACCUCCCAGAACCUCUCCAGUCCCCACGCUCUUUGACGAGUUCUUGAGGCUGAGUCCAGAGGAAGAGGCCUGGGGCCCCGAGCGGCCGCCGGACGUGGACAGCGGCCCUGCUGCAGGACACACGGAGCUCUAUCCCCAGCCUGGGCCCGGUGGCCUGCUGAUGGCUGGCGUCACUGCCCUCUUGCUGGGUGGCUGGCUCCUCUGUCUACUGCUCCAGCAUCUGCAGGAACAGCAGCGGGUGCAGCAACAGCGACUGGAGCAGCAGCUGGACGAAAAGCUGAAGCAACUUCAGCAGCCCAGCCCAGCCGGCCCCGAUGGCCCGCCCCUUCCCCGGAAGACCACCCUGGGGGGGCUCUCCCCAACCCCCUCCACCAGCUCCCUGCAGAGCUCCCGGGGACCCGGAGACCCCGAAGCUGGGGAGCUGACGGUGGUCGGGAAAAUCUCCUUCAACCCCCGGGAAGUUCUGGGUCACGGAGCAGGAGGCACCUUCGUGUUCAGGGGCCAGUUUGAGGGGCGGGCGGUGGCGGUGAAGCGGUUGCUGCGUGAGUGCUUUGGGCUGGCAGAGCGGGAGGUGCAGCUACUGCGGGAGUCGGAUGCGCACCCCAACGUGGUGCGCUACUUCUGCACCGAGCGGGGACCCCAGUUCCACUACAUCGCCCUGGAGCUCUGCCCGGCCUCUCUGCAGGAGUAUGUGGAAAACGGCGGUGUGUCCGGCCUGAGCCUGGAGCCCGUGGCCCUGCUACAGCAGACUGCAUCUGGACUCGCUCACCUGCACUCUCUCAAUAUCGUUCACCGAGACCUGAAGCCCUGCAACAUCCUCAUCUCGGGGCCCGACAGCCGCGGGCGCAGCCGGGCCGUCCUCUCCGACUUCGGCCUCUGCAAGAAGAUGCCCCGCGGACGUCACAGCUUCAGCCUGCGCUCGGGCAUCCCCGGCACUGAGGGCUGGAUGGCCCCCGAGCUCCUGUGCCCCCAGCCCCAGGAUAACCCUACCUGCGCCGUGGACAUCUUCUCCGCAGGCUGCGUGUUCUACUACGUGCUGUCCGGAGGAGAGCAUCCAUUUGGGGACAGCCUGCACCGCCAGGCCAACAUCCUGGCCGCAGCCCACCGACUCAGCCACCUGGAGAGCCGGACCCACGACAAGGUGGUUGCCCGAGAGCUGGUGGAAGCCAUGCUGAGCGCCAGGCCCCCGCUGCGCCCCUCGGCCCGCCGCGUGCUGGCCCACCCCUUCUUCUGGAGUCCGGCCAGGCAGCUGCAGUUCUUCCAGGACGUGAGCGACCGGUUGGAGAAAGAGGCGUCGGAGGGGCCCGUGCUGUCGGAGCUGGAGGCCGGGGGCCGCGCCGUCGUCCGGGGCAACUGGCACGUGCACAUCUCCGCCCCGCUGCAGACAGACUUGCGAAAGUUCCGGUCUUACAAAGGGACGUCGGUGCGGGACCUUCUCCGGGCUAUGAGGAACAAGAAACACCACUACCACCAGCUGCCCGUCGAGGUACAGCAGGCCCUGGGGGCCGUUCCCGAGGAGUUCGUGGGGUACUUCACGGCCCGCUUCCCUCUGCUGCUCCUGCACACGCACCGGGCCAUGCGGGGCUGUGCCUCCGAGCGUCUCUUCCGGCCCUACUACGGGGAGGGGCAGGAGGAGCCGGAGCAGCUCUGGGGCAGGUAG